CCGUUGGUUCCGUAGCAGUUGCGACAAAUGGAUCAAAUUGGUGAUGUGUCAGCUCCUAGAUCAUCCUCGUUGGUUAAAGCCACACUCUGCCUUGGUGAGGAAAAGUAUUUUGUCGAUGGAACAAACAUUGAUGCUGUGCUGCUGUCCGAUCAAUUGGUUUCGAUGAAAAAAGCGAGUAUGUCGAUUCUCAAGGAAUUCAUCACGAAACACAACAUUCCCGCUGAUGUACCUGAUGAAGCUGUUGAAGAAGAGGAAGAGGAAGAGGAGGACAACGGUGAUGCAGCUCCUAAGAACGGAAAACCAAGAAGCGAAAGUGAACCCCAUAUCCAAUCAUGCUUUUCUUUUUCAGUCUUUAGGAAUUAAGGUGCUGUUGAGUUUUUAGAACUCGUUGUUUACACAUUUUUAAGCGUGUGAUCUCUAGGAAAGUAUCAACUUAGGUGGAAUUGUAAAUUCCCAUGAUGGUGGGACUUGUUUGGUGUAUUUUCUUUCUGGUUCAUGAUUUAUGAGGAAUUGGUUGUUAGAAAUGCAUUUUGUGUUUACCUGUUU